AUGUCGGCUGCACAACUCCUCAACCCCAAGGCCGAGUCCCGAAGGAGGGGCGAAGCUCUUAAGGUCAAUAUCAGUGCUGGUGAAGGCCUACAGGAUGUUCUCAAGUCCAACUUGGGCCCUCGAGGUACCAUUAAGAUGCUUGUUGAUGGUGCGGGCCAGAUCAAGUUGACCAAGGACGGAAAUGUCCUCCUCCGUGAGAUGCAAAUACAGAACCCCACCGCCGUUAUGAUUGCCCGAGCUGCGACCGCUCAGGAUGAUAUUUGCGGUGACGGAACCACAUCAGUCGUUAUGCUGGUCGGCGAGCUUCUCAAGCAGGCAGACCGUUAUAUCUCGGAAGGAUUGCACCCUCGAAUCAUCACCGAUGGUUUUGAGGUUGCCAAGGUCGAGGCUCUUAAGUUCCUUGACUCUUUCAAGCUCGCUAAGGAGGUUGACCGAGAACUCCUCCUCAGCGUCGCCCGAACCUCGCUCACCACCAAGCUCAACGCCACCUUGGCCCAGAAGCUUACUCCCGAUAUUGUCGAUGCCGUUCUCGCCAUUUACCAGGAGCCUGCGAAGCCCGAUCUGCACAUGGUGGAGAUUAUGAAGAUGCAGCACCGAACAGCCGCCGAUACUCGCCUGAUCCGUGGAUUGGCUCUCGAUCACGGCGCUCGUCACCCCGAUAUGCCCAAGCGACUCGAAAACUGUUACAUUCUUACUCUCAACGUCAGUCUGGAGUACGAGAAGACCGAGAUUAACUCGAGCUUCUUCUACUCCAGCGCCGAGCAGCGUGAUAAGCUUGUUGAGAGUGAGCGUCGCUUUGUCGAUGCCAAGCUCAAGAAGAUCGUUGACCUCAAGAAGGAGCUCUGCGGCAACGACGGAACAAAGAACUUUGUCGUCAUCAACCAGAAGGGUAUCGACCCCCUUUCCCUUGACGUUCUCGCCAAGAACAACAUCCUUGCUCUUCGACGAGCUAAGCGAAGAAACAUGGAGCGACUCCAGCUUGUUUGCGGUGGUGUUGCUCAGAACAGUGUUGAUGAUCUUUCUGAGGAUGUUUUGGGUUGGGCUGGUCUCGUCUACGAGCAGACUCUUGGAGAGGAGAAGUUUACCUUUGUUGAGGAGGUCAAGGACCCCAAGUCUGUUACUCUUAUGAUCAAGGGCCCCAAUGCACACACCAUCGCCCAGGUGACAGACGCUGUCCGAGAUGGUCUGCGAAGUGUCUACAACAUGAUCGUCGACAAGUCCGUUGUCCCUGGUGCUGGUGCUUUCCAGGUCGCUUGUGCUUCUCACCUCAAGAGCGAUGCCUUUGGCAAGACUGUCAAGGGUAAGGCUAAGUGGGGUGUUGAGGCUUUCGCCGACGCUCUUCUCAUUAUUCCCAAGACUCUGGCUGCCAACGCUGGUCUUGAUAUUCAGGAUGCUCUUGCCGAUCUGCAAGACGAAUACGCUGAUGGCAAUGUCGUUGGUCUUAACCUCGAGACCGGUGAGCCUAUGGACCCUGAGCUGGAGGGUAUCUUCGACUCUUACCGUGUUCUGCGAAAUUGCAUUGCUUCUAGCUCAAGCAUUGCGUCCAACCUGCUUCUAUGUGACGAGUUGUUGAAGGCUCGACAGAUGGGCAGAGCAGGCGGCCCUGGGCCUGGCAUGGAUGGACCUAGUGAUCACAUUAUCAUGGCUUCCUACGAUUCCGAUUCUUCGGACGGCGAGUUCGAGGAGACCAAUGUCCUCUUGGGAUACGCCUCUAAAGAGGCCGAUGAAGAUACUGUUAGCAAACUCGGUGGCCGACCUGACUGGUUAGACAAUAACGCCCCCAGCGCAGCCUACGCACGAUGCAAAGUCUGCAAGGAUCUCAUGGCCUUGAUCCUUCAACUCAACGGUGAACUUCCCGAGCGAUUUCCAGAGCAUGAGCGACGACUCUACGUCUUUGCGUGUAGGCGACAGACCUGUCGGCGCAAAGAGGGCAGCAUUCGUGUAUUGAGAGGUGUGCGAGUAUGGAAGGAGGUGGCACCUAAGGAGGAUAAAGAGGAGAAGAAAGCCGAGGAAGACAAGCCAAAGAACGACGGUCCUGGACUAGGCGAGACUCUGUUUGGUUCAACGGGCUUGGGAAGUGCCUCCAACGCAAACCCUUUCUCUAGCAACGCCAACCCUUUUAGCAGCUCCAGCUCCAGCAACCCCUUCAGCUCUGGAUCUGCCAACCCCUUCUCUUCCUCUACCUCACAGCCCGAGCCGGUAAAGCCUGCGUCUCCUGAGCCUCAAACCACCUCCCUCACAAAGACCUUUGCCGAGUCUCUCAACAUCAAAGACACACCGGCUUCACCCCCUCCUCCUUCAGAGCCCUGGCCUGCUGAGGAUGCGCAGGCGCAACCUUACCCUACUCUGUACCUCGCUGAUGCCGACUUUGAGACUUUGGACCCAACACCCACCAACGUUCCUACCAAUGCUCGCCUCGAGGACGGCGACGCUGCGGAACCUUCAAUUCUCGAUCGGGAAGCCUUUGAGUCGACUAUGGACGCCACGUUCCAGAAGUUCGCUGAUCGUCUGGCGCAGAACCCUGACCAAGUUAUUCGUUACGAGUUCGCAGGUGCUCCAUUGUUGUACUCAAAGAAGGGUGCCGUUGGUGAAGCUAUCAACAAGGGCGCUAUUCCCCGGUGUCCUAACUGUACAGCGAGGAGAGUGUUUGAGGUGCAGUUGACGCCAAACGCCAUUGCGGAACUUGAGGCCGACGAUCUGAGCUUGGAGGGUAUGGAGUGGGGUACCAUCAUUGUUGGCGUUUGUGAGAAAGAUUGCUCUCCUCGAGGAACACCGGUUGGAGAAGUUGGAUACCAGGAAGAAUGGGCUGGCGUACAAUGGGAGGAGCUGUCCAAGGGCAAUUAG